UCCCCGGUGUGUGGGUCUGUGACAGGGUCCGACGGGGCCUGGUCGAUGUCCGGCCCCCCAAAUCUCCCGUCCCUGCCCCCAGGGGACCCCGCCCCCCAGCGGGCCCUGCGUCGCGGGAGGAAAGGGGCUGCGGUUAUGGUUCUGUGACAGCGCCCAACUCGAGUACUUCGAAGUUCUGUCCUACAGCAUUGGCAUCAACUAAAGUCAGAAUUCCCAAGAACUUGAACAGAGGCUGCCAAGUUCCCAAUAAUUGCUACUCUGGCCUUUUAGAGACCAACUCCAGAGAAGGAAGGAAAGAAUCCAGGAGUGCUUCCUCAUUCUCAUUCAAAACCUGCUUCCUGCUGACUCUGCAAAUAGGAGACCAGAGAUCCGAGCUUCAAGCCCGACCCAUGGAAACUCAGGCUGAUCGAGUAUCUCAGGAACCUCAGGCCCUGCUUGAGAGUGCUCUUCCUUCCUCAAAAGUUCCUGCAUUUUCCGACAAGGACAGUCUGGGGGAUGAGAUGUUGGCAGCUGCACUGCUAAAGGCCAAGGCCCAGGAGUUGGUGACCUUUGAGGACGUGGCUGUGUAUUUCAUCCGGAAGGAGUGGAAGCGUUUGGAGCCCGCUCAGAGGGACCUCUAUAGGGAUGUGAUGCUGGAGAAUUACGGGAACGUGUUCUCCCUGGAUGGUGAGACCAGAACUGAACAUGGUCCAGAAAUUUCUGAAGAUACAGGAUCACACGGGGUGCUAUUGGGAAGAUUCCAAAAGGAUAUUUCUCAGGGUCUUAAGUUUGAAGAAGCCUAUGAACAAGUCAGUCUGAAGAGGCAGCUGGGGAGCUCCUCUGGAGAGAGACUGAAUAGGAAGAUGCAGGAUUUUGGUCAAGUGACAGUUGAGGAAAAGCGAACCCCCAUGGGAGGGAGAAGUGAGAAAUACAGCGAUCUGGGGAACAGCUUCACUGUGAGUUCCAACCUUAUUUCCCAGCAGAGACUUCCUGUGGGAGACAGACCCCAUAAGUGUGAUGAAUGUAGCAAGAGCUUUAAUCGAACUUCAGACCUUAUUCAGCAUCAGAGAAUCCACACCGGGGAGAAACCCUAUGAAUGUAGUGAGUGUGGGAAGGCCUUCAGCCAGAGCUCACAUCUUAUUCAGCAUCAGAGGAUCCACACUGGGGAGAAACCUUACGAAUGUAACGACUGUGGGAAGACCUUCAGUUGCAGCUCUGCUCUCAUUCUCCACCGGAGGAUCCACACUGGAGAGAAACCCUAUGAAUGUAAUGAGUGUGGGAAAACCUUUAGCUGGAGCUCCACCCUCACUCACCACCAGAGAAUCCACACUGGAGAGAAACCCUAUGCUUGUAACGAGUGUGGGAAGGCCUUCAGCAGGAGCUCCACCCUUAUUCAUCACCAGAGAAUCCACACUGGAGAGAAGCCCUAUGAAUGUAACGAGUGUGGGAAGGCCUUCAGCCAGAGCUCACACCUCUAUCAGCACCAGAGGAUCCACACUGGAGAGAAGCCCUAUGAAUGUAUGGAAUGUGGAGGGAAGUUUACCUAUAGCUCAGGCCUUAUUCAGCAUCAAAGAAUCCACACAGGGGAGAAUCCCUAUGAAUGUAGUGAGUGUGGGAAAGCCUUUAGGUACAGCUCAGCUCUUGUUCGCCACCAGAGAAUUCACACUGGAGAGAAGCCUUUGAAUGUAAUGGGAGUGAGCAAAAGUUCUCUCCGAGUUACUGCUGAAUUAAAUAGCAGAGAGUCUACGUGAAAGAGAGCCACACACCUGUUUUCCUCACUUCCUCUGAGUUUCAAGAGCUCCUGCCUUACUAUAUAAGUAUGAACAAUUUGGGACGUGUCCCUUCCGACUCCAUCCUUUCGCCUUAGAGAAUGGGGCAUAUUGGGCAAAUCAUCCUGGCACAGUGGUUAGCAACCUAGUCAGUUUUCCCAGGAAUGACACCAGCCUUGAAAAAUUAGGGUGCAAGCAGCAGAUUAAGUGCUGGGAGUAGAGGGAAGCUCUGGGACCAGUCUCCUUCCAUUUGGGAAGGGAGUUUGCACUAGACCAUUUUUCUCACACCAUUUCCAAGGUGGGGAUGGAAGCACAACAGGAAUAAAAUUCCAAGGAUUCCUCUAAUUGGAGUCAGCAUAGCACAGAAGAAAGUGGAAAGAAUGUUCUGGGUCGUGUUUUUGCUAGAAAGGGGAAAUGGAGGCUGUAUUUCAAAGCCACUGCUUCUAAUCCAGCUUUAAAUUUUGAUAAGGAAUGUGCUAUUUUGUUUCAUGACUUCAUUAAUUAUGGGAAUCUGGUGCUGAGGGAUUUGUUAUUUUGUUGGGCAUGGGGGAAGACCCCAAGAGAGGUUUUCUGUAGUGACUGUAUAUCCUUCAGGGCUCUUGGAGCAGCAAGACCAAGUUUCCAAGAGCAGUCUGACGAUUUGGGUGGAGAACUCACUCUUCCCUUUUGUGACAGUGAGUCUAACAUGAGGGAAAGGAUCAAAAGCAUUUAGCACUGGCCUCUGUCUCGUUCCCUCCCCUCUCCCUCUUCCUCCUGCCACUCCUGUGAUGGAAAGUGAUUUAAUCUAAACCCCUAGCAACUAAGGACACUUUUAGGAUCUCGCUCAGCCAGCUUGCCCUGCCCUCUGAUACCGAUGACCUCUGACAUCUGGCCCCAGCAGCCCGACCUCUCCCGACCCCACCUCUGACUUCAACAGCCAAGUGUGAAUGCAGAGAGCACAGCCCAGAGGAGGAAGCUCGGGCCUGAGCCUGGCAUCAGGGCUCCUUGCUGGCUUAGAAUGGAGCUCCCCGAGUUUUCCCAGUGGAAGGGAUGACCUUUCAUUAUAUUUUCCAAAUCCUCAUCCUGUCGCAUAAAUGAAAUGCACUAUUAAACAGAAUAGUUUUUCAGAAGGACAGAUGGAGUGUGUUUUUGUGCAGGGGCCAAAUUUAUUUCAGUUUAAACU